GCUGGGGGUUUCUGCUGCACGUUUGGUGAUAGUUGGAUAUGUAAAAUGUAUACAUUAUUACGUUUAAGACUAUAUAUUUAAUGUUUUCCAAGAUUAGGUCAACAGUGAAUGUCCUAACGAUGUAUUACUCAUACAUGUUCAAACCACAAAGCGGAAGAAGCUCCUUCUAAAUUUUAAGAAUUGUUCAACUUAGCUUAAGACUGGUUCCCUGCUAACUCAGUUAAAUAUAUUUUAAAAGCUGUUUAAAAAAAGAUGGCAGAGGAUAAUACACCUUGCUCGGAGUUCAUGGACUGGGAACUUAACUCUUCGACAUCUAACAUGAACGGCCUAAAACAGGAGAAACAACUGUCUGCCUCACAGAGAAGGUACUACAGCUUCUGCAGGAGGAAGUCCUUUGGGGCCUUUGUGGCGUCCAAGAGGGACGGCUGUCAGGAGGAAGGAGGCUCAUCUUGGUGCUGCUGUGGCCAGACCUUCAAGGAACACUCUACCGUUCACAAACAUGUGGCCAGGUCUCAUGAUACUGAAAUACGGCAGCUCACACAGGUCACAUAUGAGCAUUUGUUAAGCCAGCUGGAAGAGGAACCCGAAACGCAGCCGAAUGGGCGCGAGGCAGAGCCAGUGGACAUUUCUGCAUGGAUACCUGAGACUGGUCACAUCUCUGAGGAACAACUUCAGAAGGGUCCAGGGAAGGUUCUCCUAUAUUAUCACUACUGUCAAGUGGAGGAUCCACAUGCCAUCUGUGCUUGGCAGAAAGCUUUGUGUGAGAAGCUCCACUUAACUGGCAAGGUGAGGGUGGCGACUGAGGGCAUCAAUGGGACAGUGGGUGGCACCAACAUGGCCACUGACGUUUACAUCGAGGCAAUGUGUUCACAUCCUCUCUUCAAGAUGGACAAGGAGGAUUUUAAGUUAAGUGAUGGCGGCGCAGAGUGUUUUACAGACCUGAGGGUCGGGGUCUAUAAGGAAAUCGUCCCAAUGGGCGUGGAUCCUGAUGUCAUCUCCUACCGACUGGCAGGAGUUCAUCUGGAGCCAGAGGAGUUUCAUAAAGAAGUGGAGGCUCUUUUGGCUGAAGGGGAUUUGUGCAACGACACCAUCCUCCUGGACUGUCGUAAUUUUUAUGAGAGUAAAAUUGGGCAAUUUACUCGCUGUCUGGCCCCAAACAUCCGUAAGUUCAGCUACUUCCCGGACUACGUGGACCAGAACCUUGAACUGUUCAGGGACAAGAAGGUCUUGAUGUACUGCACAGGAGGGAUCCGCUGUGAGCGCGGCUCCGCCUACCUCCGCUCUAAAGAUGUGUGUAAAGAGGUUUACCAGCUCAAAGGUGGAAUCCACAAGUAUCUGGAGCGAUUCCCAGAGGGCUUCUAUCGAGGGAAACUUUUUGUGUUUGAUGAGCGCUACGCCAUCUCCUCCAACGACGACAUCAUCUCAGACUGCAGGUACUGCCGCUGUCCCUGGGAUCAGUAUGAGCUCUGUUCCACCCAGUUCUGCUGUCAGCUGGUUCUGUCCUGUCCCAGCUGCAGACAGGACGGACACACCGCCUGCUGCCCAACCUGCCAAAGCAAAGGACAGGCUCACAGCGAGGCUUCCCCCGCCGUUCCACAUCACAAAGAGGAGUGCGAGUGUACUGGUGGACGUCCCAGAAUCCCUCAGGAUGUUUAGUGACAGAGAGGUUAAUGCUGCCUGUUCUGGGAUAUUAAUCAGAAAAAAACUGAAUUUGUGGAAGGUGUCCAGUAUAUUUUAAAGUCAUUAAUCUUUUUAUAUGAUUGUUGAGGAUUAAGUCAGAUUUACUGUAUUCUUAAGAGAGGAUCAUUAAUGAAUCGGAUAAAACGGUUUAUUCAUCUUUUAUUGACAAAAUGUAAGAAUAUAUCAGAAUGCAUGAGUUUUAUUAUAUUUUAUAAUGUUGUGAAACUGUAAUGCCUCAUCAGUAAUGAAAGCUCAGUUCCCACGAGA